AUGCCGGAAUCACAGUUUACGGAGGCGGAUACCAUUCGCAUUCUCGUUGCCACCGACAACCACGUGGGCUACGAAGAGCGUGAUCCGAUCCGUGGCGAUGAUAGCUGGAAGUCGUUCGACGAGAUCAUGAACCUGGCCCGGAAGGAGGAUGUGGAUAUGGUGCUACUAGGCGGCGAUCUGUUCCACGAAAACAAACCGUCCAGGAAGUCCAUGUUUCAGGUGAUGCGGUCGCUUCGGAAGAACUGUUUAGGUAUGAAGCCGUGUGAGCUGCAGUUCCUCAGCGACGCGAACGAGAUCUUCGGCGGCGCUUUUGGCCAUGUAAACUACGAAGACCCCGACAUCAACAUCUCCAUCCCCGUCUUCUCAAUCCACGGCAACCACGACGACCCGAGCGGAGAAGGCAAUUUUUGUUCUUUGGACCUGCUUCAGGUUGCGGGACUCGUCAACUACUUUGGGCGCGUGCCGGAGACAGAUCGCAUAGAAGCCAAGCCCGUUCUUCUUCAGAAGGGUCUCACUAAGCUUGCGCUGUAUGGCAUAAGCAAUGUGCGUGACGAGCGGAUGUUCCGGAACUUCCGUGAUCAUAAUGUUCAGUGGUUCAGGCCGAAUCAGCAAUCUAGCGAUUGGUUCAAUAUGCUUGCUGUUCACCAGAAUCACCACGCACAUACCGCGACCGGAUAUCUACCCGAAAAUAUGCUGCCUGAAUGGCUGGAUCUAGUCGUAUGGGGCCAUGAGCAUGAGUGUCUGAUAGACCCCUCCCACAAUCCGGAGACGGGCUUCCAUGUCAUGCAGCCGGGGUCCUCGGUUGCCACAUCGCUAGUCCCGGGUGAGGCCGUCGCCAAGCACGUUGCCGUUGUCAGCAUCGCCGGUAGGGAUUUCAGCGUCGAGAAACGCCGCUUAAAGUCGGUCCGCCCUUUCAUGGCAGGCGAGAUUGUCCUUGCGAGCGACAAACGAUUCAAGGGUCUGGAGAAGAAGAAGGAGAACAGGCAAGAGCUUACGCGGAAAUUGAUGGAAGUCGUUGAGGAAAUGAUCGACGAAGCAAAUGCCGAGUGGGAGUCCGUCCAAGAUGGUUCUGUACUUGGCGGGCGACCACUGCCUUUAAUUCGCCUAAAGGUCGAGUAUACAGCUCCGGAGGGGGGCCACUACGAUAUUGAGAACCCACAACGAUUCUCUAACCGGUUUCACGGCAAGGUCGCAAACACUAACGACGUAGUGUAUUUCUACCGGAAGAAGACGGCACAGAAGAGGGGAAAAGCCGGCGGGGAACUGCCAGAGGAGCUAUUGGCUGCCAUAGAGGAGAUCGACGAGAUCAAAGUCGACAGGCUCGUGGAGGAAUUUCUCUCCGCUCAGGCACAAUCCCUAAAGAUCCUUCCUCAAGCGCCAUUUGGCGACGCAGUCAACCAGUUCGUCGAUAAAGACGACAAGCACGCCAUGGAGUCAUUCGUGAGCGAGUCGCUUGCAGAACAAGUAAAGCAAAUGUUGUCGCUCGAGGGCAACGACGAGGACCUUGAGAGCGCUAUGGAGAAAGUCAAAGAGAGGCUCGAGCAACAAUUUGCCGCGGGCAAUUUGAAAAUGGCGAGGAAACGUAGGUAUAAGCCGAAGCCGGACGUAUGGGACUCAGAUCUCGACGGUCAUUGGGAGGACCAGCCAGAGGCAAUCGACCACACGAUAAGUCCCACCGUGGAAAAGCCACAAGUAACCCAACCCAAGGGCCGGGGACGAAAGGCGGCACAGGUCGUAGUUGAUGACGAAGACGAUGAGGAUAUGGACGAUUUCCAGGAAGACCCGCCAGUACCAAAAAGAAGAGGCAAGGCGGCCGCAACGACAGCAGCCAAGCCAAAAGCAGCGCCCGCUAAGGCACCAGCAAAGACAACAGCGGCUAGAGGACGGGGUCGUAGGGCACAAGUUAUUGAAGAUGACGAAGAGGAGGAGGAAGAUGUUGUGAUGGACGAUGAUGAGUAUGACCCUCCCGCUCCUCCGCCGCCACCGCCACCUCAGCAAGAGAAACGCACGAGAGCGAGCGCGGCACCUGCGAGAUCACAACCACGCCGGGCCGCGGCCGCACCCAAAACGCGGCAGACAAGGCUCAACUUCUCAUCGCAGAAGGCAACACAGCAGGAGCCCUUGGAGAUCAGCGACGACGAGAUAUCGGAUGACUUCGAGUCGGUCCCUGACACUCGGACUCGUCGGCGCUGA